AUUCAAGUUCCUUUUUCUUUUAAAUGUUAUUUUUUCCUUUUUGGUUUCAUUCAUUAAUGAUAUAGUAUGGGUGAGAUGCGUACGGUUAGCGUCGGCAUUGGUGAGAUUUAAUGCAUUUUCAGGUUUGAGAGCUUUACUGUGGUAUAAAUGUGACAAGUGAUGAUUUAUAUGCUAUGGGUUUUAACGGUUUUUACAGUUCUCGAUUUUUGAGUUUUCGAGCUCAUUUUCAUUUUUCUUCUUUGUGACUUUUCUGGGUUCGUUGCAUGAUCAUACUAAUGCAAACUUUGUUUCUUCUUCUUCCUCUUCUUCUUCUUCUUCUCCUUGUGUGAACUCUGGAUUGAAGCCCAUGGAAACUAUUUAACAGAUUUAGAGCUGCAUAUAUGUCUAAGAUGUUACUGUGAAUCUGCUUCCCUAGUAAAACAAGGGCCACCUUUUACAUCUCGCAGAAAAUGUCAGGCGUAGAAGGAAUUGGGGCUAAUGAUGAAAUCCGAGAGAGAAGAUCUGAUUUUGAGAACUCUGAAGACGAGAGACGCCAAUCAAAAAUCGGCACCCUAAAGAAAAAGGCAUUAAAUGCUUCAAAUAAGUUCACCCAUUCUCUUAAGAAAAGAGGGAACAGGAAAAUUGAUUAUAGAGUUUCUUCCGUUUCUAUUGAGGAUGUCAGGGAUGAAAAAGAGGAGAGUACUGUAUUUGAAUUGAGGCAAAGGCUUCUCGAAAGAAAUUUGUUGCCUCCUAGGCAUGAUGAGUAUCAUACUUUAUUAAGAUUUUUGAAAGCUAGAGAGUAUAAUAUUGAAAAAACAAUCCAGAUGUGGGAAGAAAUGCUUCAUUGGAGGAAAGAGUAUGGAACAGACACCAUAUUGGAGGAUUUUGACUUUGAAGAGCUAGAAGAAGUCUUGCAAUAUUACCCUCAGGGUUACCAUGGAGUUGAUAAGGAAGGCCGGCCAGUUUACAUCGAAAGGCUUGGAAAAGCUCAUCCAAGUAGGCUUAUGCGAAUUACCACUACGGAUCGAUAUCUGAAAUACCAUGUCCAAGAGUUUGAGAGGGCUCUACUGGAGAAAUUCCCUGCAAGUUCAAUUGCUGCAAGGAAGCAGAUGUGUUCAACUACAACGAUAUUGGACGUACAGGGUUUGGGAAUUAAGAAUUUCACUCGGACUGCUGCAAAUCUCUUGGCUGCAAUGACAAAGAUAGAUAACAGUUACUACCCUGAGACAUUGGAUCGGAUGUAUAUUGUUAAUGCUGGCCCUGGCUUUAGGAAGAUGCUUUGGCCUGCAGCUCAGAAGUUUCUGGAUUCAAAGACUAUUGCAAAGAUACAGGUUUUAGAGCCCAAGUCUCUGCCCAAGCUACUGGAAGUUAUUGACUCAAGUCAAUUGCCAGACUUCUUGGGUGGUUCUUGUACAUGUUCUGCUGAAGGAGGGUGUCUUCGAUCAAAUAAAGGUCCAUGGAAUGAUCCUGAUGUGAUGAAGCUUGUACAUAAUGCUGAAGCAGCAUUUGUGAGGCAAAUCACCAGAGUGCCUAGUAACCAACUUAAAUUUGACACACACAUUCAAAUGCCCCUGCAGAAGGGAAGUAGCGACACAUCAGCAGCUGAAUCAGGUUCUGAAAUUGAUGAUCCUUCUCCAAUCAAUCCGAGUUAUGUGUUUCCACGUUUGGCCCCCGUUCAUGAGGAAGUCAGAGCCUCAGAUCCAAAUGCCUACUACAGUAGUGAUGAAAAUUUUCCUCUGGUUGAAAAGGCUGUUCAAAGCAACCUAGGGGCGGAACAUCCUCAAGAUCGAUUCCUUGAAAGCAAUGACUUGGGGGACCUUCCUAGUGAAAUACUAUCAAGUGUGGAGGGAGGUCUUGCCAGCUAUUGGUUGGAGAUUAUCAAGGAAAAGAUUGGAAAAAGGCAUAAUGUGGCUAAAAUGCUGAUGUCAUUUAUGGUCAAACUAGUAGCAUUUGCCUGUAGUUUAACCCUCAAAUUUUGGACGAGGCAGAACAAUAUUCAUCCAUCUAACCUUGUGGAACAUAAUGCUGAUGGUCAUUCAACAGCCGUAGGAACUGUGAGUGAAGACCUUGUCCGUCCAUGCAUAGAGCGUCUACAGAGCCUGGAAAAAUUAGUUGAGGAGCUUAGCAACAAACCUGCUGCAAUCCCAUUGGAAAAGGAGCAAAUGCUCAUGGAAUCUCUGGAAAGGAUCAAGUCUGUUGAGUUUGACCUUGAAAAAACAAAGAGGGUACUACAUGCUACAGUAGUGAAGCAACUUGAGAUUUCUAAGUUGCUAGACGAUUUACGGGAGUCCAAGCGUCGUCGAAGAAGAUUAUUUUGUUGAGGACCUGAAGUGUUAACAGUGAGAUUAGCUAGAAAUUUGGUGAAAUUGGGGAUGACAGGAGAGUGAUUUUCAGAGAUCAGGAGGGCAUCAAUGGCAACAACCAUACUUAGAAACAAGGGGUGGACGCCUCUAUUUUUAGCAUAACAUGAGUUGUACAAGAACAAGUUCAAUCACCUCCCUUUCUCCCUUUACAGAAAUUACAGUUUAGCUGAGCCGUUGGUACUGAUCUUUAGCUUCGGAACAGUGUAGAGAAAAAAGAGUAAAUGAAAUGCAUUUAUAAACAAAUGCUUACUUCUUCCUCUCUUUUUUUUUUUUCUUCAAACGGUAAAGAUGGAGUUCUACUUGUAUGACCUCUCUUGCGAGUAUAUUGAAAACUGGCCAAGGAAGUUCUAUAGGCUGUCGCAGGUGAGCUUCUUCACUGGCUGUGACUGGAGCAUUCUGCACCCCCACUUUUGUUUUGUUUUGUUUUGUUUUUUUUUUAAGACACCAAGUCUCACGCUAAGCCUGAUUAUUCAAACAAUGAUUAACAAAUUGUAACUUGGGGCAGGAUUCUAGAAAGAAGAUGAAGAAAAUGAAAUAAAUGCUUAGGUCUAUGAAAUCAA